AAAAAGGCGCAUUACAAAUAUUUGUGAAAAUUUCAAUUAAAUUAAUAACUGCCUAUGCAUAGCCUAAAACUAGCUCAACAUGAGCGGCAAUAUACAUGGCCUUAGUUGGUUUCCAAAUGUCCCCGAUAAAUUUGUGUCUUGGGGCCAGGAGAUAAAUCUGUACGAGAUUCGCACAAAAGACGAUGGGCUGCAAAAAAGUCGCUUGCCCUACAUACCGGCUAACUAUCUGUCCAAUGAGUCGCGCUAUCAAUAUGCUCGCGUUGUCGCCGCCUCCUAUCACAGCGACCAAGCGAUUAUAGCCGUGGGCUUGGCAGAUGGGAAAAUAGGCAUUUGCAAUUUUCGUGAUACCUAUGAUUGCAGCUGGGAGUACACCCCCCGGCAACAACGUUUGUGCACCUGCCUGGCCUGGAAUGAGCUGGACGCGAAUAUAUUGGCCAUAGGUCAUGACCGUCAUCGUACCGAUUCAUGUAUUACCAUCUGGGAUAUUGAUCGUGGCGUUCCCAAAGAUACGGCAAAUUUCUUUGGACUGACAGAGUCUGCAAACUCGUUGUGCUGGGACAAAAAUCAUCGCACGCUAAUAGCGGGCAUGAGUCAAAAGAUGAUAAAGCUUUUCGACUUGAGGCAAAGUACAGCCACUUGCCAAUCCAUACAAACUAAGACGGUGCAAGGCUUGUCUGUGGCACCCAAUGGCAAUUAUUUGUGCAGCUAUGUAGACUCUACGAUAAUUGUGUGGGAUUUGCGCGCCAUCGAUCGUCCGCUUCGGCAAAUACAAUCGUCACGAAACCAUUUGCAGAUCAGUUGGUGUCCCACACGUACUAGUUUGCUCUCCUCACUGCAAAGGGAGUUGCAGUAUAUAACUCUGUAUGACAUACGUAGUGUUGACAUGGAUACAAGUCGGGAGGUGUAUCAUGUGAAGAAACAGAUUAGUCCAUUUCCUGCAAAAUACCAGACCGCCGCAAAGUGUUCAUCUGUUAAUUGGCUCUCGUGGCAUUCACGAGAUUUCGAGCGUGCCCUAAUUGUGGCCGAUGCUGUCAAUAUUCUUGACUUCCGCCUGCCCGCCACUUUGCACACGGCAAAGAAUAAUCGUCGCAAGCUGCCACUGCUAAUGCAGCGACCCCUUUAUGCUCCGGCCUCCCCAUCAUCCACACAACCAACGAGCAGUUGUAGCACAAAUAGCUCGCUAGACUUUAGUUCGGUGGGUUCGGCACUCUCUUUUGACUUUAUACAGCCGGAGCUGUUCGAGGAAGAUUUGGUAAAUGAAACGCGGGAGCGUGCCCUGCAGGAUUAUGGUAUGAAACCAGACUGUAAGCGUUUUGGCGAGCUUCACCUAACUCCCUACUUGCGCAACGUGUGGAGCACUUUGUGCAAUGUUUACCAUGAAGAUCGUCUCACUGGUUUGAAGACGACUCUUGGGAUUAAUAUUGCUCAGACCUCGGAGGCGCUGAUGGCCAGUCCACGAAUUGAGUCUCAGGUGCUGCAAUGGCCAGAUGGUAUCAACAAUUCAAAUAAACUCAUUUGCUAUCGGAGUGAACAACGCGAUUUGGCGCUACAAUUAUGUGGAUGGUCAACUGAGCCCGAGCUAGAACGAUUUGUUGAUGAAUUAUACGGGCACAAGGAGUUUAGUCGCGCGGCUAUGAUAUGUGUGUUCCAUUUAAAGAUAUUCUAUGCCUGUAAUAUUCUCUCUACGGCUGCGGAUAGCAUGCGGGAUCCCAGCAUGUAUCGUAUCACGGCCAUUGCUUUAUCUAGCUUUAAUGCGGAUCGCUGCAGUUCCACUUGGCGAAAUCAACGCUCAAGUGCUAACAUGCAGAUAAAGGAUCCACAUUUACGUGCCAUAUUCUCCUUCCUAACAAUGGAGAAGGACAAUUUUGAGGCAGUUCUGAACGAGGAAGCCGUUUCGUUGGCAGAUCGGAUGGCCUUUGCUUGCAAAUAUCUCUCAGAAACUAAACUGGAAGAAUAUGUCAAACUACAGAUACAUAAAGCCAUUGAAACUGGCGAUCUUAAUGGGAUACUGUUAACAGGUGAAUCAUUGGGAGGCAUUAAAAUACUGCAGGCAUAUAUGGAUGCUAGUUUUGAUGUGCAAACCGUCGCACUGGUGGCCAUUAAUUUCUUCACACACGACCAUUUUAUGGAUCAUCGCAUACAAUACUGGAUAUCAAGUUACUUGGAUUGCCUUAACAGCUGGGGGCUGUGGGAGAAGCGUGCCGAGCUGGACAUUAAAAUUGAAAAUAUACGCACAUCAGCGCGCAGUUCUCGGUCCGUUUAUCUCGCCUGCAAUUUUUGCGGUAAAUCCGUAUCCAAUGCGCUGCUGGAUGAGCCCCGCCCACGCAGUACAUCAACGAGUACUAACAAGCUGUCGUCUUGCCCCAGCUGUCGCAAACCCCUGCCACGUUGUUCCCUUUGCCUUAUGCACAUGGGCACAAUGGUAAAUAUCAACACCGGCGAAAACCCAGCAGAAGUUCAAGCUUGGCCAUCAAAGCCGUUUUCUAAGUGGUUCGCCUGGUGCCAGACGUGCAGGCACGGCGGUCAUACGGAGCAUAUUAUGCAGUGGUUUAAACAGAACACAGAAUGUCCUGUAUCAUCGUGCAGCUGUCGGUGCUUUGAUGUGGAUGGAAUCAAGCCAAACACAGUACGCGACAUUUCCUAGUUUCUUCACCAUGCUAUACACCUUAAGCUAAAUCCUCCAUUUAGUUUUAGGUGCGCCUUCAAACUGAAAGUGUUCAUUGUACUUAGAUUUGCGCAUGACCGUAGCGCUCACUUUUAUGGCAUGCAGUUACUUGCUGUUUAAUUGCAUUUUAUAUUUACUUAGAACAAAAAUAUAGCAGAAGUCGCUGAAUUUUGGCUUAUAUAGGA